AUGUAUAUGCUCUACAAUCGUCACAUUGCAAAUUUCUCUCUGCUGGGAAAUGAGUUCGCAAUGCUGAACCUAGUACAAUACUUGCAGGCCCCACCAAAAGGCACAACGUUACCGUACCGGCCGAAACCGACGUUCAACUCGUUGCUGGUGGCCAGUUCUGCAGCGGCGGCCGCUGCUGCCCAACAGCAACAACUGGCAGCUUUGCUACAACCGGCACUUUUUCAACAAGCUCAUCUCGCUCAAUUCCUCCCGUCAGAGCUGGCACGUGGUGUACCAGCGUCGGCGCAGUUCGGGCCGACGUCCGCCUUCCUAUCCACUCCUACCCUCAAUUCCCAAGUGUACGGUGGUGGAUUGAUUCUGGCCGGUGCCGGGUUUCCGACUGCCCAGCAGACGGCCACCAUCGCUGGCGGAUUUGGCCAGGACCCGACGAAGGCGUUCGCAGCAGCGGCCGGUCUUUUGGGCGACGAACGACAAUUUGAACUGAUCAAUCAGUACGCGGCACUCAACAGCAGUGUGUUGAUGGGUGCACCGCUACUGAAAGGCGCCAACUCGCCGGCUAGCGCCUCCCACAAGGCAAGUGGCGCACGGUUCACUCCCUACUAA